AAACAGCAUCUGCUGAUUCGCAGAGUCGUCCACCCAUGAAGAGAGAGUGUUGACUCCCGUUUUAUUUGUACCACUUCCCCCGCACCGACUCAACAAUCAACGUCAAUUGACACAAGUGAAUAUUCGGGUUGUCGAUGAUGACACGUCAACAGUGUCAAAGAACAUAAACACUGAAAUUCGCUGGAUUGCUGAAUGGUGAAUAUCAACGUCAGUCUGUCCAGUGGAGGUGCGCUGAGAUAAACAUAAAGGGUUAUUUCGUAGAGUUCAGAUGGAGCGGGUUUUGAAAGCCGUCCCAGUGGAUCUGCGAGUUAAAAUGGAGGCACUGGUGCACGAUUUGUCAUUGGCACUGGAGGAGAGCAGCAACUCGACGAAUGUCAAGCGACGAUGGGGCCUGAGGAGGCGUGCCAGGUCCACGGGGAACAUUCGUAAGUCUUCCCUGAAUGCAAACAAACACUCAGAAGACAGUUCCUCCUCCAUCUGUGACAUUCGCAUCCCGAAGACCUCAGUCACAAAAUACCAGUCUGACAGUGAUGACACAGACAGACGCGAGUCUUUCGCUCGUUUCUGGAAUCUAAACACCAUAAGCAACGUCGAGUCCGACUCUGUCAACGAGUACUUCGUCCCUCGGAUAAACACAAAACGCAAGCGGAAGUUUAAGCGAAUGGCAGUGGACUCCAACAACCCCUCGACCUCCCAGGCGAUCACACAGAAGAAGAGACUGUUCAGGAACAACUGUGAGAACAGGUACAGUACAAUUUGGUGUGGCAAACGCAAGCGCUCCUGUCGAGAGCGUUCAAUAGACUGCGAGAUGCGUUCGCCGAAGCCCACGAGGAACUCCAAAUCGAAGAGCCACCGGGGCAAAAUGCGAAGUGAGAACGCCAUGGACUGCUCGAGGAUAUCGAGCUCGAGUAUAUCCUCGAGUGACUCGGAGGCGGGAAUCAGGGCGAACGAGGAGGAUCACGAGGGGGACGACGAGCAAUCUGACUGGAUCGGGGAGUCCAGCUGGUGGGACGACGAGAGUACGACCGAGGAGAAGGUCAUGUCCUCGGAUCCAGCCCUCCAGACGCUGAUAAACUAUCGCCAGAGGGUCUUGAAUGGCAGGGAAAUUCGAGCUGGCAGGCGCCACGUGGACAACAAGCCUGGGUAUUCCAUCAUCACCUCGGCGAAUGAGAAGGUCUCGAGAUUCCUUCAAGACCCCUCGCAGAGUGAACUUAAAUUGCACGCGAUGAGGCAGCCUGAGAGGGAGAAACUACGAAGACUUGCAAAUUUGUACAGCCUCUCUCUAAAGGGGGACCUGAGCUGUCCCAUUCUCUACAAAACCAGGCACACCACCCAGGCGAUAUGCGUCGAUCAAGUAUCCUUCAACAGGUUCUCUGAUUACAAGAGACUGAGGAAGACACCCCCACAAUCGCCGAAUCCUGAGGUCAUUGUGGCUAAUCCAGAGGUGCCGGUGUUCAGUGGAAAUUUUGCUGUUCCUGUUGUCAAUCACUCGCAGAACAGCUCGGAACCCAUGAGCUUUGAGUGGGGGGCGCAUAAUAUGGAGGCUGAGGUCGGGAGCACUCCCAAGUUUAAUACCCAUUUUGGACAGUCCAAGUCUAGUUGAAGGGGUGAGGCUGAUGGGGAAGUGGUGGGGGCUUUUUGUUGGAAUAAUUUUUUAGCUUGGGAGAUUUCCGUGAGUUAAAAAAACAUCCACCAACUUUUUCCCGUCAAUCAACUCGUUUUGGAGGCGUUUUUGAGAUAAUUUGUAGAACAUUUGGAAUACACUUGCAGUUUAUUUUGCAAAUAUUCUUAUAGAUAAUUGUUUUUUGUAGAGAAUUUUCAAAGCUGAAAAAAUCAUCUCCUGAUCUGUAUCAAUUGCAAUUCAAAUCACUUUGGAAAUAUUUUUUUUUACAAUUUUCAAUGGAAUUGUUCAUUUUUUAAAUAUUUUCUGAGGGAAAUCAGCUUCAAAAAACCUUUCUUUGAUUUUUUUUUGAAUCAACUCGUUUUGAAGAUAUUUACGAAAUUAUUUGGAUAACGUGCAACCGAAUGUAACAGAGAGGCAUUUUUUAAGUCUAAAAGUUCCGAUAGUAAAGAGAAAAAUGUGCUCAGGCUGUUGACAAAACAUUCUGUUCUGUGCGAAAUUUCCGAUUAAUUACUCUCACCACUUCCAACAGAAUAAUUCAUCAAUGUUCAUAAUCUUCCCAUAAUUUCAUAAGCAAAGCUGGUUUGAAAUCUUUCGUUUUCACUGUAAGAAAACACUGUCCCUAUCCUUAAACCAAUAAUGGAGGGCGGGGUAAAAUGGACCCUUCACUCACUUAAAAUUAAUGAAUUAAUUAUUAAUUUUGUCAAUUAAUUUCUUCGCACCUUCUCACAGCCGUAACAGUCCUCCACGGGAUUUCAUUGAAUUUAUCCACAAGAAAGCAUCACAAAAUAAUUCUUUCAGUGCCCACUAAUUUACAAACUUCGAAAUCUUUUCAUUAGUUAAAUCCUGAUCAUUAAAUUGAUAAAAAUCGCUUCGAAACACAAAAACAAAAAAUAUAUUAAUUUACCUAAUUGUCCGAAGAUGUUAAGGACAUACCAGAGCUCUAGAGAAUAUAAAAAUAUAAUUAAUUGGCUUAUGUUAUCGCCAAUUAAUCACUCGUUGAAUUGCUGACAAAAUGGGAUUUUUUUCCAUUAAAAAUACAAUUCUCUCCCUCGACUGAGCUCAAUUGACGAAUUUGUUCAGCAGUUAUAAAAAUUAAACAAAGUCAACUGUCCAUUUUGCCCCACGCUCCCCCAAACACGAGAAUACAAAUGUAAUUGCUACGGCAAUGGUAGUACUACCGAAAGGAUUUCUUAACGAUGUAAACGUAGAUCGAUCUAAUGAGAAUUAUAUAAAAAUACAACGAA